AUGCAUUUCGACCUGCGUGACUCCAACUACGGCGUGUCCUUCCGUCUAGAGCUUGACAAGCUCGUUCAGCGUAUUCCUACCCAUCUCCAAUGCAAGGAGUGGAAAGCUUGGGCACUUACGGAGGUGGAGCGUAAGAAUUCCUUGUGGGACUACGACGCUUCUCUUCUUCUGCCUGGAGAGCCGGGUUAUAAGGAUGGGAAUCCAUCCUCCAUGGUCAUUGAUGAGGAGGCCUCCAGGGCUGGGCGGUUUCUAAAGUUUUCCAAGACUAGAUCCAGCGAUGUGGUUACUGGGGACAAGCGUAAGGAACCCUACAAGGAAGAGCCAUCUUCCUGUGUGCAUUGUGGUGCCAAUAGUCAUUCUUUUGCUGAUUGCUCCAACAAGGGUCAGGCAACUUCCCAAAGGUUUAUCAGCAAAGACAGUGCUCGCGCUUGCAAGCGCGCUAAGCCAUCGUUCCCGCUUCCAUCAGCCCGGGAGUAUUUCCAUCAUGGUUCUCGUGGGAUCGGAGAGCGGCGCCCUGCCUCAGCUCUUGGACUUGUUAGUGCCUUUGCCAACGAUGAGGGAGCUGCUCCUAGUGUCGAUGCUUUGCGCGAGAGUUAUAAAGGAUCGGCCAUGGGUCGUUUCACGGUGGAGAGACCUGAGCAUCUGGCCAAGCUCGAGAGUGCCCUCAUGGGUGAUGUCCUUGUGCUCCAGCACACUCUAUACGCUGCCGAGAAACAGCGCGCUUUCCUCCUUGAUGAACUUGAGCGCGUCCAGUCUGCCCUUCAUCCCUCGGUUCCAGCGCCAGCAGACUCUGGAGAUCCCGCUCCUGUGGAGACCGAGACUCCUUCCGCUCCUUCCACCUCGUCUAAUGUGGAGCCUCCGUCUGCCUGA